GACACACUAAGAAAUUUAGUUGUUGGUCCCCUUGGUCCCAAAAGGUUCAAGGGGUUCAAAGUUUUAACUGAUGUAGAACAUGUACGCAAGAUAUGGUACGAAUUGGAGAACCGACAUAUGAAUAUAUAUGAAAAACAUUUACCGAUUUUUUUUCUAUUGAUUUUUCUAAAUCGCAACAGAAAAAAAUUCAUGUGACAUCCUGUUCACUGCAAUAAGUUACUGGAAUUCCUACGUAUAGCUGUAAUUGUUAACCGUGCAAUUACUCCCAGUAUCUGGGAGAGAAUAUCAGAGUACUCUUAACCUCAAAUGCAUGCCAGCUUGGUGAUCUGACAAGUUUUGGAUAACCAACGGUGUUCAUAAGCGUUACUUCAGUAUUAUUUUUUUUUAUAAUGGGAAUUUUCCGUAUGAUACUAGUGUACGAUUCAUAUUGAAACUACAAAAGGUUGCGACAAUGGCGAUGAACGAUCGUAACAACGUUGUCCAGAAAUUGGCCGACAAGAACGAUAUUUGUGAUGAUCCCCAGGAUAAACAUAUCGAAUCCCGCUUCGAAUGUCCCAUUUGUCUUACCUGGUUGAAAGAUCCCAUGCUGACUUCUUGCGGCCAUAAAUUUUGUUUCUCGUGCAUAACGGCUUGGCUUAAGAGAGAAAGUGCUUGUUGUCCGGUCGAUGGCAAACCUUUAGAUCCUGUGAAAGAUCUUUUCGAAGAUCGGUAUACAAGCAGAGAGAUAUCACAGCAGAGAACACAUUGCCCGUAUCAACAACUCGGUUGUGAAGCACAGAUGUCUCCUGUGGAAAUGGAAAAACAUCUUGCAGAAUCGCACGCCUUUAUGUGUCCUUUCAAAGAUUUUGGAUGCAGCAGGAACUUUCAGAAUAAUGAUGCCCUUCAGGAGCACAUUAAUAGCAAUGUUAAUGGUCAUUUGACGAUAGCAGGAAAAGCCCUUACAAAACUGAUGAUUGCUCAAUCUGAAAUGAACUCAAGAGUAUUAGAAACAAAACCAUGGGAUCCCCCGCCAAAAAAUUCAGCUGAAACAACCGUUGUGAAUUCACCAUCCCUCGAUUGGCAAAGACUUUUGGAUAAAAUGUACGAGAGGAUAGUGGUUCUCGAACAACAGAAUCGUGAAUUGGCAAGCACCUUGGCAAAUCAACAAACGAAAUAUGACGCUCUACAGACGACUCUACGUUUCCUUCAGGAAGAAACGAUAUUGCGGAAUUGUAACGGGGUUUACAUUUGGAGAUUGGAUUGUUUUUCUCAAAAACUUGAAGAGAUGACUAGCGACCCACUGAGGAUGUUUUACAGUCCCGGUUUUUACACGAGUUCAAUGGGUUACAAAAUCUGUGCUCGUAUAAAUAUUUCUUCAAAGGAUUCUGAUUUUUUGUCGUUACUCUUACACAUUAUGAAAUCCGAAAACGACGACGUUCUCGACUGGCCUUUCGAUGGAACGAUUUCCUUCGAGUUGAUUCAUCCUCAUUGCCCAGAAAAAUCAAUACGUGAAAAAACAUCUUCCAGACCUGAUCUAGAAGCUUUCAAAAAACCUGUUUGUGAUUUGAACAAACGAAGCUUCGGUUAUACCGAAUUCGCUCGAAUUCAUGAAUUGAAAGAUUUUUUGCAAGAUAACUGUCUCCUUUUCCGUAUUGAAGUUAAAUCGUUCGAACGACCCCGAGAUUCAGAGGUUUAAAAUGAUUUAACGUUAAAAAACUGCCGUGUUUUAUCAGUGAUUCAAAUACCGUCCGUACUUUAACACAAGAUGUGUACUUAAGACUUAGGCAAGUGAGUAAUGCAAAAAAGUGAUCGAAACUCUGUUGACUGACGUUUUUUGAGCGGUUUUUAUAUUCAAGAGAAUAUUUAUAUCUGAAGCAAAAGCAAUAAAGUUUAUGAGUAAGUUAAGCAAUACCGUUGUUAAAAUGCACAAACAAUUUUAUUUGAAAAUCAAAACUGCAAAGACGCAAGGUAUUUUCAAGUGAUAUUAUAUCUCUGGAUCGUUAAUGAAUUUUCAACAGUUAUCGCAAAAAUGUUGAUAUUUGUGUCUCAGCAGUAAUUUAAAAAAACAAAUACUCAUCUAUUUUUGGUGAUGUAUCGUUGAAUAAAAUGUGCAAUUUUUCUAAAACUGUAAACUAAAUUGGAGGACUAAAUUUUUUAGUCAUUGUUUUGUAAUAUGGUUCAUUCGCUAAGUCAAUCUGUUCAUGUACCUGAAUCGACACACAAUUUGAAAAAAAAUAAUUUUUUUCAAUGGAUAAUUACACUUUUAUAAGAAGUACAUCAGUCCAGAGAUUUUUUUGUCAUAAAAUAUUCCGUCCAAGAAAUUUACGUAGCAUAAAAUGAAAUUGUAAUUAGUGAAGAAUAAAAUUUAUGAUAUGAUAUGAUAUGAUAUGAUAUGAUAUGAGAAAAAAAAUA